AUGGCGUCUGCUGAUUUCAGUAAGGAACUGGACUGCUCCAUCUGUCUGCACACUUACACAGAUCCUGUAAUGCUGAGAUGUGGACACAACUUCUGCUGGGUCUGUAUCGAUCGUGCACUGGAUACACAGGACAAGUCUGGAGUUUAUACCUGUCCUCAGUGCAGAGCACACUUUUAUAAACGUCCUUCACUGCAAAGAAACAUAACUCUGGGUAACAUAAUUGAGCAAUUUCUCACCAUUCCGACACCACAGAAGGGCACUGGGAUUUUCUGCACUAACUGUAUUCAUUCUCAAGUACCUACUGUAAAAUCCUGUCUGCAUUGUGAAGUUUCUCUGUGUGAUAACCACCUAAGAGUUCACAGCAAGUCAGCAGAACACGUCUUAACUGAACCCUGCACUUCCCUGGAGAACAGGAAAUGUUCUGUCCAAAAGAAGAUCCCGGAAUAUUACUGCACUGAGGACUCUGCUUGUAUCUGGGCCAGCUGCUGUUUGGUUGGAAAACAUCAGGGACAUGGGGUGGAGAUGCUGGAUGAGGCCUCUGAGAAGAAGAAAGGGAAACUGAGAAAUAUUUUCCAGAAACUGACCGGAAAGACAGAGGAGACCAAGAAAAGAGUCCAGAACCUGGAGGAACACUGGAGAAAAGCUCAAGAAAAAGCAUCUGGAGAAGCAGAGAGAGUCACUGCCCUGUUUACAGACAUCAGGAGACAACUGGACAACUUGGAGAAGAGGAUCCUGAGUGAGAUCUCCAGGCAGGAAAAGGAAGAGUCACUCUCAUUCUCUUCUCUGAUCCAGAAGCUGGAAAUAAAGAAGGACGAGCUGUCUGGGAAGAUGGGACACAUUGAGGAGCGGUGUAACAUGACUGAUCCACUGACUGUCUUACAGGAACCAGAUACAG